UCUAGGUGGAGUGUUUCUACUAACUUGACGCACCGCCCUGCAGGACCACAGCAUCCCGCAUCCAGGAGGGUUUGACAGGAAAAGGUGAACUGCUGGUUUCACUGGUGCAGCUUUUCUUUGUUGUAGCUGAGACAGACUGAGGUUCUCAUCAUGGGGGAACUGUUCAGGAGCGAGGAGAUGACCCUCGCCCAGCUCUUUCUCCAGUCUGAGGCAGCCUACUGCUGCGUCAGCGAGCUGGGAGAACUGGGCAUGGUCCAGUUCAGAGAUCUAAACCCAGAUGUAAACGUGUUCCAGCGCAAAUUUGUGAAUGAAGUGAGGAGAUGUGAGGAGAUGGACAGGAAACUGAGGUUUGUGGAGAAGGAGAUAAAGAAAGCUAGCAUCCCAACUGUGGACACUGGAGAGGACCCGGAGGUGCCUUUUCCUCGGGAUAUGAUCGAUCUAGAGGCCACCUUUGAGAAACUGGAGAAUGAACUGAAGGAGAUCAACACAAACCAGGAAGCCCUGAAGAAGAACUUCCUGGAGCUGACGGAGCUCAAACACAUCCUCCGACGAACACAGCAGUUCUUUGAUGAGAUGGAGGAUCCCAACCUGCUGGAGGAGUCAUCAGCCCUGAUGGAGGGCAGCGAGGGGGGCCGGGGAGCCCCUCUCAGACUGGGGUUUGUGGCUGGAGUGAUCAGCAGGGAGAGGAUUCCCACCUUUGAGAGGAUGCUGUGGAGGGUGUGUCGCGGCAAUGUCUUCUUAAGGAAGGCGGAGAUCGAGGACCCUCUGGAGGACCCCGCCACGGGAGACCAGGUCCACAAAUCAGUGUUCAUCAUCUUCUUCCAAGGUGACCAGCUGAAGAACAGGGUGAAGAAGAUCUGUGAGGGGUUCCGCGCCUCCCUCUACCCGUGUCCAGAGACCCCGGGGGAGAGGAAGGAGAUGCUGGCUGGAGUCAACAGCCGCAUCGACGAUCUCCAGAUGGUGCUGAAUCAAACAGAGGACCACCGUCAGCGAGUGCUGCAGGCCGCCUCAAAGACGAUGCGGGUGUGGUUCAUCAAGGUGAGGAAGAUGAAGGCCAUCUACCACACUCUCAACCUCUGCAACAUCGACGUCACCCAGAAGUGUCUGAUUGCUGAGGUGUGGUGUCCCGUCUCGGACCUGGACUCCAUCCAGUUCGCUCUGCGCAGAGGGACGGAGAAGAGCGGGUCUACGGUGCCAUCCAUCCUCAACAGGAUGCAGACCAAGCAAACUCCACCUACCUUCAACAAAACCAACAAGUUCACAUCAGGCUUCCAAAACAUCGUUGACGCCUACGGCAUCGGGAACUACCGGGAAAUAAAUCCAGCGCCAUACACCAUCAUCACUUUCCCCUUCCUGUUUGCCGUGAUGUUCGGCGACAUGGGUCACGGCCUGCUGAUGACCUGUGCUGCCCUCUACCUGGUCAUCCGGGAGAGUCGCCUCGUGGCCCAGAAGAGUGACAACGAGAUGUUCAACAUGGUGUUCGCUGGUCGCUACAUCAUCCUGCUGAUGGGGCUCUUCUCCAUAUACACAGGCGUUAUUUACAACGACUGCUUCUCCAAGUCGCUCAACAUGUUCGGCUCUGGAUGGAGCGUCAGACCCAUGUUUGGCUCCAAAGGAGCAAACUGGACGUUCGAGACACUUGAUGGAAACGCAGUUCUUCAAUUAGACCCAGCUGUCCCCGGUGUGUUCAACGGGCCUUACCCACUCGGAAUAGAUCCGAUCUGGAACGUUGCCACAAACAAGCUGACCUUCCUGAACUCCUUCAAGAUGAAGAUGUCCGUGGUCCUGGGAGUCAUCCACAUGAUAUUUGGAGUGUCUCUCAGUCUUUUCAACCACCUGUACUUCAAGAAGCCGCUGAACAUCUUCCUGGGCUUCAUCCCAGAGAUCGUCUUCAUGUCCAGCCUGUUCGGUUACCUCAUUCUGCUCGUCUUCAUCAAGUGGACGGCCUAUGACGUCUUCACCUCCAAGGACGCUCCCAGUCUGCUCAUCCACUUCAUCAACAUGUGUCUCUUUAACUACAAUGACCCCACUAACAAGCCCCUCUACGCAGGACAGAUGGGGAUCCAGAUUUUGUUGGUGCUGAUUGCCCUUGCAUGUGUACCCUGUAUGCUGAUUGUGAAAACUAUGGUGCUUCGGCGUCAGCAUCUGUGGAAAAAGCACCUGUCCCAGAAGAGGGAAGAAACCCCUGCAGAGAAUCUAGAGCAGUCUUUAGAGAAAACAGGCGUGUCCUCAUCAUCCACUGGACUCACCCAACAGGGCACGCAGAAGUUCGGAGGGGUGCGGGUGGGCAAUGGGCCCACGGAGGACGAGGCUGGCAUCAUGGACCACGACCAGCUCUCGCAGCACUCAGAGGAGGGAGACGAGCACUCAGAGGAAGAGCCGUUUGACUUUGGUGACGUCGCUGUCCACCAGGCCAUCCACACCAUAGAGUACUGUCUGGGAUGCAUCUCAAACACAGCUUCAUACCUGCGUCUCUGGGCCCUCAGCUUGGCUCAUGCACAGCUGUCAGAAGUGCUCUGGACCAUGGUGAUGCACCUUGGUCUCUCGUCGAGGAGUGGGGGCGGGUUCUUCGGCCUGUCCAUCAUCUUCGGGGCCUUUGCCACCCUCACCGUUGCCAUCCUGCUCGUCAUGGAGGGGCUGUCAGCAUUCCUGCACGCCCUGCGUCUGCACUGGGUGGAGUUCCAGAACAAGUUCUACUGCGGUCAGGGCUUCAAGUUCGUCCCCUUCUCGUUUGAGAGCAUCCUGGAGGGACGUUUUGACGAGUGAUCGGCCUGAGCCAUUCCUCCUCUCCUCUGUGUUAGUGUUUGUGUGUGUGCAUGAGCCCAAGUGCAGCCCUCUGACACCCUCUAGUGGUCAUUUGUGAAACUGUUAUUGUGUGUGAGCUAAACUGUGGUCUGUGUAAAGAGGUUUCUUUUUUUUCCAGUGUACAUGUGCCAAGCUGUACUCAUACUGGAGCUUCUAUUGCUGCGGCACAGUACCAUCUCUGUACUGUGAAUACUGCUUUAUUAACAUCUCCUCUGCCAGCUUUCCCUCCAACAAAUCCAUCACUAAAUACGACUGGCGAGGUCUGAGUUCAUAGAGAUGAAUCAGGGUGGAAGGCAGAAAGCAUUUAACCUUAAUGCGGUGGCACCUCAAAUGAAAAAGUGUACACUUGUGUAAGAUUGGGGGGGGGGGGGGGGGGGGGCUCUGAAGCAGGUUUUCUCGGUUGUGUCUGGUGGUCAGAUAAACAAACCAUGUCCUGUGAAGUUAUCCUGUCUUAUCUGUGCAGCUUGGUGCCGUGUGGCAGUGGAAAAAACCUUUAAA